AUGAACGGUAGCCAGACAACAUUGGCAGUUCCUCGCUCCGAGGCCGAUCUUCCCGCUAGUUCCCUGUCUACGGAAGAACUUGUCGGAUCGUCUUCAUCUCCAAGUAAACUAAAAGGCUCCGUGUCUCUCCCACAGACCAUAUCACACCGUGGAUAUAAGGGCAAAUUCCCCGAAAACACCCUCGCCGCAGUGAAAGGCGCUACAGAGGCAGGUACAGAUGCGUUAGAGAUUGAUCUACACCUCUCGAGGGAUGCACAGAUUGUUCUCUCACAUGUGAUCGUGAUCCUUGUUUACUCCGUGAAGGACCCAACCUUGCAGCGAUGCUAUGGCGUCAAGAAGAAGAUUGGCGAUUGUGACUGGGCAUACCUCAAGACUCUUCGCACGGUACAGGUGCCACAUGAACCUAUGCCCAGGCUAGCAGAGAUCCUGGAGUAUAUCAAUCAGCCUGAAAAGGAACAUAUCUGGGUACUUUUGGAUAUCAAAGUAAGUAGCGGCACCGCGGCCUCUGCAGCCUCUUCGCCUCGAAGCAAGUAUACCCGGAGACGACCUACUAACUCACGUUUCCAUAAGGUCACCAAUGAUCCAGACAUGAUCAUGCGCCGUAUUGCUGAAAUCAUCUCCUCCAUCCCAGCUUCCUCUUCAUCAGGUUCUUCUCGGCCUUGGCACGAGCGCAUCGUGCUCGGCUUCUGGUCAGGCGACUACAUCCCCCUGCGCAACAAAUAUCUCCCCAACUUCCCCAUGGCCCUAAUCUGCUUCGAUUUCAAAUACGCCCGCAAAUUUCUGCACGUCGAAGAUCUAGCCUACAACGUGAACCAAAGCGUUCUCAUGGGCCCAUUAGGCUGGGGAUUCCUCGACGAUGUCCGUGCCGCCCAGCGGCAGAUCUACUUGUGGACUGUCAACGCGCCCAAUCUCAUGCGGUGGGGCAUUCGACACGGCGUGGACGGGGUGAUUACGGACGACCCCGCUCUGUUUCGAAAGGUCUGCGAGGCGUGGGAGAGAGAACAUGGAGGUAGAGAUGGGGCGGACACGGCCGUGGAGUUACGGACCGAUCGUCUCAGCAUGGGACAGAGGGUGAAGAUUGUGCUGACGGCGGUGCUGGUGGUGAUGUUCGGAUGGAUGAUAAAGCGGAGGAUAUCGAAGAGGAUGAAGAGUGUUCAUCGUACUGGCGGGCAAAAGGGAGCAUGA